AUGACGACUUCUAGCUUAUAUUCUUGUGGUUUUUGCUCAAAAACUUAUAUUCAUAAAGGCUCAUUAAAGACUCAUGAAACAUCAAAACACAAAAACAAUAGGUUCCUUCAUAAUCAAUAUCCUCUUUAUAUUCCUCUUUUUUCUGAUUGCCAACAAUUUUGCUCAACCUUUAUAAAUCUUGUACAAAAGCGGUUAACCUCUCACCGCUCUACUCAAGGCCUAAAGCUUAUAGAAUUUCCCUGUUUACAAGGAUAUCAAAGAAUCGCGAAGUUGUUCAAUUUUGAAGAGUGGGGAAAAACAAUUGACAAAACGGGUACAGAAACCUAUGUAGUUUUUAAUCAAGUAAAUUUAAAUAACAAUACAAUUGAGGAAAAAGAGACUAAGUUUUGUUGGAAAGAAAAAGGAAAAAUUUUUAAAUAUGGAAUUAUAACUUUUAUUUUUGAAAUCAAUACUGAAACUAUCGAAAUUGUUGAUGAAUGA